CAGCAGAGAUACACCACCACAUUCCAUGGACUCUCCAAUUAUCUCACGGUUGUUUAGACAACUCUUCACACAUCGGCCAUGUCAAGCUUUACGGUCCAGCGCCUCGGUGCAAGGGCGCUCCCACUAUGCGCGCCGCCAGCAGAUCAGAGGUAUGGCGAGUCGGAAAUCCGUCCAACCUGUAGAUAAAAGUGAGAGUCAUUGGCAGCAGAGGAUGGAAUCAUUCCCAGCGGACAAGCAAAAUGAAUACGACAAAUACCCUAUGGUGACAGCGGACCAGCUGAGGGCGAGGAGAGAACGACCGAGAAGGGUCAAAAUGUUGACAAGAGACUUUAUUGAAGGUAUUUGGUUCCCAGAGAGAUUAUAUUCAUAAUUUAACCCUCUGGCAGAUUCUUUAUAUAAUCCUUCAUAUGGAUACUUUGCGAAACAAGCCGUUAUUUUCACUCCCGGCGAGCCAUUCAAUUUCAAUGAACUUAAAGACGAGGCGGAAUUCCACCGCUUGAUGGGCCAGAGAUAUACGGAAUUCGAGGAUGAAUUGGAUGCAAAGGAACCGAACAAGACACGACAGCUUUGGCAUACGCCCACCGAGCUCUUCCGACCAUAUUAUGGAGAAUCAAUUGCGAGAUAUCUAGUGGAAAACUACAAGUUGUCGCAAUUCCCAUACCACGACCUCAUCAUCUACGAGAUGGGAGCAGGAAACGGAACGCUCAUGCUCAACAUUCUAGAUUAUAUACGAGACACCGAACCUGACGUCUACGCCCGGACGAAAUUCAAAAUCAUCGAGAUCUCUACAAGUUUAGCGAGACUCCAGGCUUCCCACAUGUUACGCAAUGCGAAUUCCAGAGGGCACGCCUCCAAGGUGGAAAUCAUAAACAAAUCCGUCUUCGAAUGGAACCAAGUCGUCCCCGAACCAUGUUUCUUCCUCGCCAUGGAAGUCUUUGAUAAUUUCGCCCACGACGCGAUUCGAUACAACCCCGAAACCGAGGAGCCGUUACAAAGUACCGUCCUCAUCGACGCCGAGGGGGAAUUCUACGAUUUCUUCUCGCCGGUACUGGAUCCAGUCGCUUCGCGAUUCUUGCGAGUGAGACACGCAGCUACAGGAGGAAGAUAUCCACAUCCUCUAAACCAGAGUAAAGUCCUGGGAGCCUUGAGGAAUGCCAUUCCUUUUACGCCGAAUCUGAGUACUCCGGAAUAUAUCCCUACCAGAUUAAUGCAAUUCUUCGACAUCCUAGAGAAAUACUUCCCCGCACAUCGACUAGUAACGAGUGAUUUCCACGAUCUACCAGAUACGAUAAAAGGCGUCAACGCACCAGUCGUCCAAACGAGGUAUCGUCGUCGGACCGUCCCCGUUUCAACACCUUUCGUAAGUCAUCCUAUAAAUAACACCAUCAGUGAAGUUGGCUAACAAGAAGUAGGUCCAACAGGGGUAUUUCGAUAUCCUGUUCCCGACGGAUUUCUGUGUCAUGGAACAGAUGUAUCGAGCCAUCACGGGCAAGCUCACCCGAGUCCUCACUCAUGAAGAGUUUUUGAGGCGGUGGGCGUAUGUGGAGGAGACGGAGACGAAGAAUGGGGAUAACCCUUUGCUGUCUUGGUAUAAGAAUGCUAGUGUUUUGACGACGGUUUAG